GAAUUCAGAUCACAAUUCACAAACCUUUAUCAGCUUUGUUUUGAUUGCAUGCUGCAUUUUCUGGGUAGUCAACAAUUGAUCAUCAAGUCUGUUAGAAAUGUCAUCUUUGGAGGGUUUUGAGCCCGUAGCUAUUUCCCCACACAAACAAGACCCAGGAUGGAAGCACUGUCAAAUUUUUAGUAAAAUUGGGGACCCAAAAGUUGAGGUGAAGAAGUGUUUAUAUUGUGGCAAAGUGUUCCAGGGUGGAGGGAUUAGUAGGCUUAAAUUUCACCUUGCUGGUAGAAAAGGAAAUGGCCCUAUUUGUGAUCAGGUCCCUCCCGAUGUUCGGGUUUCGAUGCUGCAGAACUUGGAUGAAAAAGUUGGAACUUCUAGGCAGAGAAAGAGUCAAUUGGGUACGAACCUGAGUCAUAGUUUUAGUGAAUUAGGGAAUGUGUUUGCUGAAAAUGAGGAUAGCAGAUUGGUUGGAGGGUCCGAUUUGGUGAGUCAGGAGGAAGAUGUGGGAAUGAGGGUUGAUAAUGGGAUUAGGGUUGGUGAUAAUUUGACUGAUGUGCCUCUUGAGGUUGAUAAUUCUUUUAGGAGUGAUGUGUCUCUUGCAAUAGUCGACUCGUAUAAGGGUAAUUCUCUAAGGAGAAAAGGUGGAGUAGCGAAUUCAUGUGAAAAUCGAGAGGAGGGUGUUGAUAGACGAGUAGGGUGGAGGGGUGGAACUUCUUUUGUAGCUACUAGUGCCGGUUUGGGUUCUGGUUCUGUUAAUGGUACCAAAUUGAGUUAUGUCCCAGCUCCUAUUCGUAGUGCGGUACAAAGUCCAUUUUACAGAAACACCAAAGGCAGAUCAGUUGGUUAUUCUGAUUCAGAUUUGUUUGAAAAUGAAGCAGAAGUUGGCACAAGUAAUACAAAUGACAGGAAGAGGGUUAGAGAUGAAAAUGGAUCAAUGGCUGCCAAUGCUGGCACUGUUGGCAACAAUGGUGAAGUUGAAAAGGCGAACAGUCAGCAGAUUCAGAUGGCAAUAGGACGAUUUCUAUAUGAAAUUCAGGCUCCUCUGGAUGCUGUGAAGAACUCUCUUUAUUUUCAGCCAAUGAUUGAUGCAAUUGCCUCUGGUGGAAUGGAGAGUAAAGCACCCUCAUAUCAUGAUCUUCGGGGUUGGAUACUGAAUGAUGCGGCUGAAGAAGUUAAGAAUGAGAUUUAUCAGCACACUAAUUCUUGGGAAAGGAAUGGUUGCUCUCUUCUAGUAAACCAAUUUAACUCCGAAAAGGGUAGGAUAUUGCUAAAUUUCUCUGUGUACUGUCCUGAAGGAACUACAUACUUGAAAUCUGUGGAUGCUUCUACAUUUAUAAAUUCUCCAGAUGCUUUGUAUGAGAUUCUUAAGCAAGUAGUGGAAGAAGUUGGAGUUAGGCGUGUUCUGCAAGUGAUUACAAAUAGUGAAGAGCAUUAUGUUGUUGCUGGGAAGAGGUUGAUGGAUACAUUCCCAACGCUGUACUGGUCUCCCUGUGCUGCUGCGUGCAUAAAUUCGAUACUUGAGGAUUUUGGAAAAUUUGAGUGGAUAAACUCUAUAAUAGCACAGGCUAGAUCUGUUACAAGAUUUAUCUAUAAACACGUCGUCAUUUUGAAUAUGAUGCGGAGGUAUACUUUUGGAAAUGACAUUGUGAAGCUGGGAAUAACUCGGUAUGCUACAGACUUUAUGACUUUGAAACAAAUGGCUGACCUUAAAUUUAAUUUGCAGACUAUGGUUACUUCAAAAGAAUGGGAAGGCUGCCCCUAUUCUAAAACACCAGAAGGAUUAGCAAUGCUGGAUUUAUUAAGUAAUCAUACAUUUUGGUCUUCGUGCAUUAUGAUCACCCGAUUUACAAAUCCACUACUGCAAGUUUUGAGAAUUGUUGGUAGCCAGAAGAAGGCAGCAAUGGGAUAUGUUUUUGGUGGAAUGUAUCGAGCAAAAGAAACAAUCAAGAGAGAACUUGUCAAGAAAGAAGUAUAUACAGCUUACUGGAAUAUCAUAGAUUACCGGUGGGCAAAAUUAUGGGAUCACCCUCUUCAUGCUGCUGGCUUUUACCUUAAUCCUAAAUUUUUCUAUAGCAUCAAGGGAGAAAUGCACAAGGUGAUUAUGUCAAGGAUGUUUGACUGCAUAGAGAAAUUGGUUCCAGAUUUGAAAGUUCAAGACGAAAUUAGCAAAGAGAUAAACUUGUACCAAAACGCUGUUGGAGAUAUGGGGAGGAAUUUGGCAAUUAGAGCUAGAGACACUCUGCUUCCUGCUGAAUGGUGGUCUACAUAUGGCAGUGGUUGCCCAAAUAUGGCGCGCUUGGCAGUUCAUAUUCUCAGUCAAACUUGCAGCUUAAUUCAAUGCAAGGAGAAUCAGAUUCCUUUUGACCAGUUGCACAAGACAAGGAACAGUUUAGAGCAUCAACGUCUCAGUGAUUUUGUAUUUCUUCAGUACAACCUACAACUAAGGCAGAUGGUUCAUAAGAACAAAGAGCAUGCAUAUGUGGAUCCUAUAUCAUUUGAAAACACUGGCGUUGUGGAAGACUGGGUAACGGAGCCUGAAAUGUACCUAGAAAACGAUGAAAAUACUGAUUGGAAGGCACUUGAUCCACCCUCUUAUAAUUCAAGGCUUUUGGAACUUUCUGUUGACGAAGGUGAAGACUUGGGUUCAGGAUUUGAUGAUUACGAGAUUUUCUUUAAUGGACUGCAAGUGGUUAAAGAAGAAGGCAGGGCAUGAUGUCCUUAAGCCGAAGGGGCAGAAUUCAU